GAGAGGGUACAGAGUCUAAAAACAGAGAGCAGGUUUGCCAAGCUCAAUUCAUUCUUGGUGGUUUCUCAGAAGGAUCUGAAAUGGCCAAAGGAACUGGGAUGACCAAAGUCUUGGCUGUCGGCAUUGGGAUCCUCACAGUUUCUUCUGUUUGUGGUUUAGUGAUGAUGGCUGUGAUGUACAAAAUUCAAAUAGAUAACUACCCUCCGGUGAGUCCACCACCUCCAAUUAAACCUACAGUUAUUCCAACAGGACCUCCACCGAAUCUCAGACUUCCUGACCAUUUUAUUCCUGAGAGCUACAAAGUCUUCAUUCAACCGUACCUUUAUGCAGCGAUAACUAAUAACUAUACAAACCAAUCCUUUGCUUUCACGGGAAACUCAACUGUAAGAGUAAAGUGUAUGAAACGCUCCAUGAGCAUCUUUCUUCAUGCUCAGGACCUAAAUGUGACGACCGUGGAAGUGAGAAAAUCUGAUUCAAAUGAGAAAUUAUCAGUGAGAUCAUAUAAAAUUCAUCACAAUGAAAGUAAUUUCUUCGAGAUCCAACUCGAGGAUGCAAUGUCUGAAAAUGGGACCUACUAUAUUUUCACCAAAUUCGAAGGGGAACUUUUUGAUGGCUUGGAUGGGUUUUAUGUGAGCCAGUACACAGAGAAGGUAAAAGCCAAGGAAGAGGAGGAGGAGGAAGAUGAGGAUCAAAAGAGAUUCCUCGCCACCAGUAUGCUGCAACCCACAAAUGCCAGGAGAGUGUUUCCGUGCUUUGAUGAGCCAGCGCUGAAGGCUGUUUUUGAUAUUACUGUUAUCCACAGACCUGGAACUGUUGCCCUGUCUAAUGCAGAAGGAGACGCAGAUCAGACAGAAAUAGAUGGAGAAGAAUGGAUUGUGACUAAAUUUGAAGAGACCCCCAUCAUGUCAACUUAUUCAUUGGCCUUCACUGUAUCUGAUUUUAAAUGUAUAAUGACACAUUCCAGUACAAAGAUGCAUGUAUGUGCUCGGAAAGAUGCUAUUGAAGCUGGCCAUGCUGAAUACUCACUUAAAGUUACAGAGGAUAUUCUGAAGCAAUAUCAGAAAAUAUUUGGAUUGAAUUACCCACUAACAAAAAUACACCAGAUUGCUUUUCCGGACAUCAGUGUUGCAGCAAUGGAAAACUGGGGUGUCAUUUCAUAUCAGGAGUCAGGUCUGCUGUAUGAUAAAUAUACAGCAUCGACCUUUGAUCAAGAACGGGUGGCCACUCUUAUUGCUCGUGAAUUAGCACAUCAGUGGUUUGGAAACCUUGUUACCAUGCGCUGGUGGAAUGACCUAUGGCUGAAUGGAGGAUUUGCGACAUACAUGUCAUACUUUGGGGUGGAAGCUGAUGGCUGGGACUUAAAAGAUCUAAUUGUUCUCAGAGAAACCCAGACUGCCUUUCAAGUGGAUUCCUUAAACUCUUCCCAUCCUCUCAGCUUGCAGGAGAAUGAUGUUCAAACUUCCUCUGAUAUCACAGAACUGUUUGAUGCCAUCACCUACAGCAAGGGUGCUGCUGUGUUGAGAAUGCUGGCCACAUUCAUGACCCAGGAAGCAUUUGAUAAUGGAAUCAGGACGUAUCUUGCCAAGUUCGAGUACAAGAACGCUGCAUACAAAGAUCUUUUGACAUGCUUGCAAAAGGAGACAAAAGAAGAUGUGGAAGGCUUCAUGAGCACAUGGAUUGAGCAAGUGGGGUAUCCAGUAAUCACCAUUAUUACCCAGACGGGGGAGACUUCUCAAGAACACUUUUUACUAAAGCAAACACAGGGCCAUGAUUUUGCAUGGCAAGUUCACAUCAUAUACAUUAAGGCCAGAGAGUUAACAGAGAAAACCGAUUUCCUGAAAGUAAAAGGUCCAGUCCGAAGGCCACACUUUCAACUUCAAGACAAAGAUGACUGGCUUCUCGCAAACAUCAACUGCGUUGGCUUUUUCCGUGUGAACUACGAUGAAGAAAACUGGAACAAACUUCGUAUGCAACUUGAAAGAAAUCAUCGUGUCAUUCCAAUCAUCAACCGAGGGCAACUUAUUGAUGACGCUUUUAAUAUUGCAAGGGCUCAUCGCCUCAAUGUCACUAUUGCACUAAAUCUAACCAAGUACCUAGUAAAUGAUACUGAAUAUAUUCCAUGGGAGUCAGCGCUGAAAAACCUGGAUCAUUUAAUCCUUAUGUUUGAUCGCUCUGAGGUCUACGGUCCGAUAACGAAAUACCUACGUAAACUAAUCACACAACUGUAUGACACCUUUGAGGAGUACACAAUAAAUGGAACCGUUCCUGAGAAACACACUGACCAGUAUAACCAGGUAAAUGCUAUUUCAGUAGCCUGCAGCAAUGGCCUUACUAAGUGCAUAACAAUGGCUAGAAGUCUAUUCGAAAAUGAUAAAAAUAGCAGCAAUAAAUUUAGUAUUCAUCCGAAUUUGAGGAAAGCAAUCUACUGCAGUGUAAUAGCUAACGGUGAUGAGAAUGAUUGGGAAUUUGCUUGGGAAGAAUACAAAAGAGCCACGGUCGCAGCUGAGAAAGACAAACUAAGAUACGCCUUAUCAUGCACCAAAGAAAUCUGGCUGCUAAACAGAUAUCUUCAGUACACUCUUGACCCUUCAAAGAUAAGAAAGACAGAUAUGGUCUCUACCAUAAACUACAUCGCCAAAAACGUCGCCGGCCAGCCUCUGGCUUGGGAUUUCGUCCGUGGGCACUGGUCCUACAUCACCCAAGAGUAUGGAGCGGGAGUCAUAUCUUUAGGCAGUCUGUUAGAUGCUGUGACAAAAAGGUUCUCCACGGACGUCGAACUUGAAGAGCUGAAGCAGCUUCAGAGGGAGCAGGAGGAGAAAAAACAGGGCAUUGCAGCUCGAGCUUUGGAGCAGGUCAUUGAAAGGACAGAGGCCAAUAUUAAGUGGGUGAAAGAAAAUAAGCAGAUUGUUAAGGACUGGUUCACUGGAGAGCUGUAGGAACUUUUAGUUUUUGUAGGCCUGCACAAUCAGAAUAUACUCAGUGGAG